ACCAGAGGCGGCGGCGGAGGCGGCAUGGGCAAGAAGAAGGCGGCGUCGGUGGGGCUGGGCCGGGCGCUCAUCCGGGAGCGCAGCCAGGGGCGCGGGGGCCGCCGGGCGGCAGAGGGAUGGCUGCACACCAGCGAAUUGAACGACGGAUACGACUGGGGACGACUAAACCUUCAGUCCGUCACUGAGCAGAACUCGCUGGAGGAGUUCUUGGCUACCGCUGAGCUGGCAGGAACCGAAUUUGUGGCAGAGAAGCUGAACAUCAAGAUUGUUCCUCCUGAGGCUCAGACUGGUUUGUUGACAACGGAAGAGACUCGGAAAAUCCAAGAGUUGCAUGAGCAGAACAAGCACUUCUUGUGCAUCCCGAGAAGGCCACGUUGGGACAAGCGGACCAGUCCUGAGAUGCUGAACCAAGCAGAAAGAGACAGCUUCCUGGAGUGGAGGAGGCGUCUCGCUCGUCUGGAGGAAGAACAGAAACUCAUUUUGACCCCAUUUGAGCGGAAUUUGGAUUUUUGGCGUCAGCUGUGGCGAGUCCUUGAAAGAAGUGACGUUGUGGUUCAGAUUGUGGAUGCCAGAAACCCCCUUCUCUUCCGGUGCCGCGAUCUGGAAUGUUACGCCAAAGAGAUCAGCCCCGAGAAGGAGAAUCUCGUCCUGCUCAACAAGGCUGACCUGCUGAGUGAGGAGCAGCGCUGCGCCUGGGCCCGCUUCUUCCAGGACGAAGGGGUCCGAGUGGUCUUCUGGUCUGCCCUGGAGGAGGCGAGGCGCCUGGCAGAGGACAGCUCUCAGGGGUCAGAAGCUGCGCAAGAACCAGGCCUGGACGAGGACCAUUGCAGCGAGGAGGAGAUGCAGACCUCAAGCUGCCACGCUCUCUCUUGGCCUCUUGGGAACAAAGAGCCCGGCAGCGGUGAAGAGGAAGACAGCGACGUCUAUGAGGACUGUGAGGAGGAAGAGGAGGAGGAGGCCUGGCUGACCUGCUCUGAAGACGGGGAGAGCAGAGCCCCUGUUGGGUCUGUGGGGCAAAGCAGGACUGAUUCCCCCGAGAGCCAGAGUGCAGCAGGACCCUCUCAGGGCCAGCCGCUCAGAAACAGCAGCCGCUUAGUGCAAAGGGAGGAACUCCUGGAGAUCCUGAGGACGUUUCACUCUGGGAGGAAGGUCAGGGAAGGCGAAGUCACUGUUGGGCUGGUGGGCUACCCCAACGUCGGGAAGAGUUCGACCAUCAACACCAUCCUGGGCAAGAAGAAGGUCUCUGUGUCGGCCACGCCGGGUCACACCAAGCACUUCCAGACGCUGUAUGUGGAUCCGGCCCUCUGCCUCUGUGACUGCCCUGGCCUGGUGAUGCCCUCCUUUGUCUCCACCAAGGCGGAAAUGAUCUGCAGCGGGAUCUUGCCCAUUGACCAGAUGAGGGACCACGUUCCCCCCGUCUCUCUCGUCUGCCAGCGCAUCCCCCGGGCAGCCCUGGAGGCCACCUACGGGAUCAACAUCAUCCGGCCUCGAGAGGACGAGCCCCCCGAUCGGCCGCCCACGGCUGAGGAGCUGCUGACGGCCUAUGGAUACAUGAGAGGCUUCAUGACAGAUCAUGGGCAGCCGGAUCAGCCCCGCUCGGCUCGCUAUGUGCUGAAGGACUACGUCAGUGGCAAGCUGCUCUACUGCCACCCGCCUCCUGGAACUGACCCCCAGGACUUCCAGUUGUGUCACGAAAGAUGCCCCUUGCAGAGCAAGGCUGGGCAGCAUGAGACCGGGGGGCUGCCUGGCAGGACCCCCAGAGCAAAGCAGAUCGAGAACGUGGUGGACUCUGCCUUCUUCCACCAGGAGAAUGUCCGGGCCCUGACCAGAGGUAGCCAGUGCCUGAUGGGCAACCGAGCGGGAGGCCCCUCUUCCGUGACCGGUGCCGAGGACGCCCGAGGCAAACCCUGGAAGAAGCACGGCAACAGGAACAAGAAGGAGAAGAUCCGCCGCGUCACCAAACACCUGGAGGCUUGACUCCGUGCGCCUCUGCGCCUCCACCUCCACCAGAGAAGAGAGGCAAGAAGAGGCGCCCAGCUCCUGUGGCUGAGCCAAGGAGAGGCGCUCUGGCCCUGUGAGGCUCUCUGGUCAAAAGGCCUGGAAGAGGAGGAGCUGCUUUGCACCCACUUCAUCUUGUGGCCCAAGCCUGGAGCAGGAGGCCAUUCUCCACUUGCUGGCAAUAAAUUUUUCUUACCUUU